AUGACUGUGAAAUUAAAUCUUUUGUUUCUUUAUCUUAUUCUCGCUUACACGUUAAUAAGGGCAGAAACUAAAUUUGUUGGUUCACAUCUCACUCAAAAUAGAAAGCUACCACCAAACAGACUUCAAAAAUUUCAUGACAAAAAAAUUUCCAAAUUCUGCAAACUAUCUAAGUUAGAACACGGUAAUGGAACUCAGAACGAUGAUGGAUUCUGCUCUUCGACUCCACAGGGUGAAAUUCCAAAAUCUACACAUAUGCCGUCAACUUUAAUCCUGGAGCCUCAUAACGGUGCAACCUUAAAGGCACAUCGUAGUUUUACCGUGAAAAUAAAAACCGAACGUCUCACUUUGGGAAAUUUUGCCGAUCCAUUCAUUCAGUAUAACUUAUUUUCUCAAACCUUGGAUUCAAACGGUUUUAUCCUUGGCCAUCUGCACUUGGCGGUACAGAGGUUGCAUAACUUAAAUUCUCCACCAGACCCGAAUGUCCUCGCGUUCUUCGAGGGGUUAGGUGAUAGUGGUGAAAAAGGCAUCCUGACCGCUGUAGUUGAUAAAUUACCACCCGGCAUUUAUAGAAUUUGUACUAUAUCUGCUUCGUUUUCUCAUCAACCUUUAGUCAUGCCAGAGGCUAAGCGUGGAUCACAGGAUGAUUGCAUUCGUAUUACUCUUGAAUAA